UAGAAUGUCAUCUUUAUCUCAAUGAGGGAAAACUUCUGGAUUUCUGCAAGUCAAAUGACAUUGUUCUGGUUGCUUACGGUGCUCUGGGAACCCAGUGACUGAAACUUCGGCCAUGGAGAAGUAUAAGGAUGCAGGUCUGGCCAAGUCCAUCAGGGUGUCCAACUUUAACCGCAGGCAGCUGGAGGUGAUCCUGAACAAGCCAGGGCUCAAGUACGAGGCUGUGUGCAACCAGGGUGGAUCAGAAUUCCCCUGUUCUCUGGACGAUCCGGUUCUUGCUUCCAUGACAAAAAUAUACAAGAGAACGCCAGCCCUGAUUGCCCUUCGUUUCCAGAUUCAGCAUUGGGUUGUAGUCCUGGCCAAGAGAUUCACAGAGAAGCGAAUCAAGGAGAAUAUGCAGGUGCUCAGUAGGGCUGUGGGUGUCAGGACCUUAAGGCAGGAACCUACAGCAGGAACCCUGAAGAAACUGCUUGCUGGCUUGCUCCACAAGUGUUGAGCUAGGUUUCUUAUACUGACAGGCUCACCAGCUCUGGAAGGGACUGUCCAUGUUGGGCUGGAUCUUUUCACACCAAUCAUAAGUCAAGACCCACAGAUAGGACACAGCUAAUCUGAUCUUGAAGAUUCCUCACUUAAGGUUCCUCUUUCCUUUUGACUCUAGGUUGUGUGACAUUGACAAUAAAAACUAACUAGGGUAAUUCACAUACCUAAUUCAUUGGCAGCUCAUGAAACUUCUAGGAGUUGAGUCAGUCUGUCUACUUUACAUUUCCUUUGCAUGCACGUUUAAUCUUCAUUUCUAAGAAUUUAAAUCCUGCUUCAUAAAGGCAUCACUGUUUGCAUCGGUAGAUACAAUUAGAGUUGAAAUGGACAUAAAUUAUGUUCUCAUCACUACAAUGAUGGUAUAGUCAGUGAUCUUCACAACUGGCAAACCCUUUUCAUUCUGUGAAAUGAAGCGACUCAGUUCAGGUGACUUUCAGUCUUCAAAUUAUUUGUGCUUUAUUUGUAUUUUCAUGCACAGACAAAUAUUUAAAUAUGAUACCUAAUUGCUUUGAAUUUCAAAUUAUGUCUAGUAUCUUUUGGAUUCUCAGUCUUUUUGAGAGUGAUGGUCAUUCCAUUUCAAAUGGGAGAUUGCUUUUACCAUUAAUAAUAGUUAUGGUAAAAAUCAACCCACCUCUACAUUUCAGGCUCCAUUCAAAACUCAUUUGUGUUGCUCAGUGUUCUAUGUUUAGAAAUUUGUCUUGGCUGAUCUGACUUAGUCAUUAUUCUGAUCUUGGGUGGACUCUCUCUUAAAUCCAUAGUAAAGUUUAUGCAUUUUAGGAGCAGUGAAAUUUCUCUGCUCCAGGUGGUGAUCGCAUUAUUGUUUGCAGAACUGAUUUCUUCAUAAUUUUUCUCCUGCCAACCAGCCCUAGCUUCACCUCAUCAUAUUGCAUAAUUCCAACAUAGUUUCUCAAUACUUGGAAAGUAUUUUCAUGUCUAAUCUUAGACAAAGAACACUUAACCUCCUGGAAAAUUCCACUGGCAAAGUGGACUUCAGGUCAGGGAAAUCUCAAGACAUGGUUCUUUUAGCUCCUAAUGUCAGCAGCUCUGCACAGACAACACAAAGAGUGUGUACCUGGAAGACUGACGUAUAGGACACAUUCUUGUCAUCCAUCCAUUACAUUUUCAUAUUCUGCAAGUCAUUGGUCUUGGGUUCCUGUGUUUGAUGGAAUGUUUUUACCAAAAUGCUAGUCAUUUUACAUUAUUUUUUUACUAAACAUUCCCAUGAACAGGAAUUCCCUUUCUUUACAUGUUCACGUCCUAAUGGCUUUCUUGUGUGGUUGAUGGUGCUGCAGCUUCCUGUGUGGAACUCCCUGAUACACUUCUCCGUUAUCUUCCAAAGCGCCGUCACCUUUCCUUUCCAGUUUCCCCUUAAGUGCCACACAGACUGCUCUUACUAUAAUUUCAAAUGUGGACCAAAAUAUACUCGUUUCAAAAUGCAUAUCACUGGGGCUGGAGAGAAGACUUGGUGUUUAAGAGCACUGACUGCUCUUGCAGAGGACUUGGGUUUGAUUCCCAGC